UCUAUCGCUGUUUAUCGCCAUGCUUCCUGUGCCAUCGCGUCACGCCUCAUCCUCCCCCAUGGCCUGCAGAUCGUUCUCAUGUCACGACUAAUCGCGUUCGCCGUGUCCUCUCCUCGUUCCAUUCAUGGCCCUGCAAGUUUCUAGAAGAAGGCUGCUAAGCGUUUCGCCAAGCCGCAGUUUAGCCUGGCGGUGGAUCACUCCGCUUGCCGCCGCGGGUGUGCAUCCGGGCUCCUUGGCUUCCGACAGCGACGCUUUAGCAUCAGCCAACGGGUUUUCGCCACAGAGGACGAUCCUUUCGACGGCAUGCGGCCGUAGCGAUUCCUUCGUCCAUGAAAGCUUGACGCGUCGUUUUAACGACCGGGUUGGCACUGCCAGCCCCCCGAUUAGGCCCUUAUACACGGCGGGACAGGCCAUGGCCAUGAUCGCGAGCAGCCCUGGACGAAAGGCUUACCUCAUUGACACGCUAGCGCUGGUGCGACGGCUGGAGGCGGAAGGGCUGACAGCACGGCAGGCAGAGGCGAUCACGCACCUGAUCACGGAGGUUCUGCACGACAGCCUCGACUCCGUCGCGCACACCUUCGUCUCCAAACCCGACAUGCAAAAGUCGGAAAUGGUCGCCGAAGCAGCUCUGAUAAAGUUAAAGGCGGAGGUUCAGAGCACGAUGGACUUGAGGUUUGCGGCGUUGCAAAGGGAGGUGGAGGGUCUCAAGAUCGGCGUGGACAAAGUGAAGAGCGAAAUUCGAUAUGAAGUGGACAAAGUAACUGCAGGACAGAGACUCGACCUUAAUCUUGAAAAGGGGCGGGUAAAGGAAGAGAUGAACGUUCAACUACAGGAGAUGAAUAAUCUGUCGAAUAAGUUGGAUAAGGAAAUAAACAAUCUCAAGACACAACUUGAAGCAGCAAAGUUUGAAAUUAUUCGGUAUUGCAUUGGUACGUUGGUUUCCAUCAGUGCUCUCGGCUUGGGUAUUUUGCGGCUAGUUAUGUGAACUAUUGGAUUGAGAAAGCGUGUGUCUUGUUUGUGCAAUUGGCUUGCUAACGGUAGCAUCAUCAUCAUUCUGUAAUGUGGUUCGGGCUCCGAGUGAAUGUUCCUAUAUUCCGAUAAUAUGUCAGGGA